GCUCAGUUUGCGGGAAGGGAUUCAAUUGGUCAUUUCACCUGCUGACACACAGGGAAACGGCCGUUCACCUGCUCUGAACGAAGAAUGCUCUGAAUGAAGGGAUUUAUUAAGUCAUCUCAACUGAAGGAACAUCAGCGCGUCCACACUGGGAAGGGGCCGAUCACCUGCUCAGACUGUGGGAAGAAAUUCUCUCAGCCAAAUCAACCAAUUGUGCAUCAUUGAGUCCACACUGGGGAGAGGCCGUUCACCUACUGUGAAUGUGGUGAAGGAUUUGUGGUGGACAUGGACUGUGCCUUUAAAUGAGAGAGGAAAACUGUCUGCAGUACUGCUGCCUGCUUCUUGGUUGCCAUGGUGAGAGAGAGGUGGAGUUAUGUGAUGGACAGUUCGAUGUUUACAGUUGCUUCUUGGUUGCCAUAGUGAGAGAGAGGUGGAGUUAUGUGAUGGACAGUUCAAUGUUCACAGUUGGUUCUUGGUUGCCAUGGUGAGAGAGAGGUGGAGUUAUGUGAUGGACAGUUCAAUGUUCACAGUUGGUUCUUGGUUGCCAUGGUGAGAGAGAGGCGGAGUUAUGUGAUGGACAGUUCGAUGUUCACAGUUGCUUCUUGGUUGCCAUGGUGAGGGAGAGGUGGAGUUAUGUGAUGGACAGUUCGCUGUUCGCAGUUGCUUCUUGGUUGCCAUGGUGAGAGAGAGGCGGAGUUAUGUGAUGGACAGUUCGAUGUUCACAGUUGCUUCUUGGUUGCCAUGGUGAGAGAGAGGUGGAGUUAUGUGAUGGACAGUUCGAUGUUCACAGUUGCUUCUUGGUUGCCAUGGUGAGAGAGAGGCGGAGUUAUGUGAUGGACAGUUCGAUGUUCACAGUUGCUUCGUAGCGUGUUUAUUUAAACAAGGUCAGAUGACUCUCCCAGAGACACACAGUGGGACACCGGUUACGGUGACCAGUCAGUGAAAGGAAGCCAGUGACAGAGGAGUCACUGGGUGAAACUUUCGAGUGCCCACAAGCGAGGGCUGAGGAUCGAUCAGGAGAAUCGAUCAGUGGCUAUAACGGUGUGUGGAAGGGCUGACCCUGUGGAGGCUACCGGAGUGUCUACCCUUGCCUGGGUGUUAGUUUAUCCUCGAAGAUGGUCCCCUUAGUGAUAAGCUGCAUUUGGCUAACUCGAGAGUGGAUUCGGAGCCUGAGGACGGAAGAUCAACGGGACCUGUUUACUCGUUCUUCUCCCAGUGUGGUUUUCACCUUGGAUCACAAAUACUUUCCUCACACACACCAAUUCCGUGGAUUGAACGGAACUUCCUUACAUUUCCAUCGUAAGACUUUAACUCUUGCCACCCAAGCUUUAACGAGUUUGGGAAUUAUAUUUACACACAUAUAGAUGUGUAACACUGCUGACAUUUGAUUUACCUGGUUUAAAUUACUAUAUUAAGUAGUUACUAAUAAACAGUGGUUUAUAAUAUCAAAACCAGACUCAAGGUGUGCUCUAUUGCGGCUGGUUCAUUUAAACUGUUGCAUUUAUGUAACAUAAUUGGGGCCUGCGUCCGGGAUAUGAAGAAAUUGGUUGGGGCUGAAUUGAUUGAUUAAUGAUCGAUCUGAUUGGGGAAAUCCCCUUUGAUUUGUUUGAGUGGAAGAUCAGCAGCAAUGGAGGUUGAUGGGUUUCUGACAAAGCCAACCCCUGAAGCAUUGGAUGGCGCAAAGAGGGUUGUGCUGUUGGAAAUUGCUCAAAAAUUAAAACUUCAGGUGAGCACUAAAAUGAGGAAGGCUCAGGUACAGACAUUAAUAGCGGAGUGUUAUGUAUCUGAGGAAGUGUUGGACGGAGAUGUGUUGGAAAUGUUUGCUGAAAGUAAACCUAUUGGGGCUGAGCUGCAGCUCCCGUUAGAAAAAUUAAAGAGGGAGGCUGAGGAUAAACAAAGCCAGCAUGAGUUACGACUAAAACAGUUCGAGGCUGAGGAAGUGGACAAACAGAGGGAAGAGGCAGAAAGACAGAGGUGGUUCGAGGUGCAGGGAUGGCUGCAAGGAGGUUCAGUGCCAGACCUUGGUGAUAGGUUUAGUGCCAGUCGAGAAGUUAAGUUGGUACCUCCAUUUGAUGAAGCAGAAGUUGAUAAGUCCUUCUUGCAGUUUGAAAAAGUGGCUCAGAAUCGAAGGUGGCCGAAAGACAGCUGGGCUGUUAUGUUACAAAGUGUAAUUCAGGGGCGAGCCCAGCAAGCGUAUUCUGCCCUAACACUUGAAGAGGCAGCUGAUUAUGACUCAGUGAAAGAGGCUGUGCUCAAGCCUUAUCAGUUGGUUCCAGAGGCUUACAGACAAAAGUUUAGAGAUUUGGGGAAAUCUGGGAACCAAACGUAUGUGGAAUUUGCCAAUGAGAAGUUUGUGUACUUCAGUCGUUGGUGUACCUCCGAUGGGGUAAAUGGGGAUGUUAGCAACUUGAAAGAGUUGGUUUUGAUCGAAGAAUUUAAAAGGUGCGACCCUGAUGAGAUGAAGACGUACCUGGAUGAAAAGGAUGUUGCCAUUUUGCAGGAGGCUGCUAGAUUAGCAGAUGAACUUGUUUUGACCCACAAGGUUAAGUUUACCUCGGGUGAGAGCUUCCAAGAGAGUAACUGGGAUGACCAGGGUAAAAUAGAAGUGGAAGCUGGGACUAGUGAUGAAAGCCUGGAAGAGGAGGCAGUCCCAGUUGCCUGGGUUCAGGUUGUUGAAGCAUCUGUAAAUCCGCAGGAUGCUGAGCAUUGUGUUGAAACUCAGUUAAAACCUGAAAUGUCUGAUUUGGUUGGAAAGGAAUUCAGUCCUUUUGUGAAGUCUGGAUUGGUUUCAGGAUCUUUGACCUUGCUGAGGCAACAGUAGUUUGAUGAGAAAGGUUAGUCUGUUAAAUUAUUUUUGGAAUUUAAAAAUAAACAAAGGGGUUGUUUUUUCAAGUUCGUGGUUAUGAGAGACAGGGCUUGGAGACUUCUCAAAACAAAGUGGAGUGUUAUUUUGACCAGGAGAGACCAUCUGCGGAUGUUGUCAUGGGAACGUACGGAACCAAAGGUCUUGGGGAAUGGAACAAAUGAUUUGUUUGAAAAUUGGGUUGAGUAUCGAUCCAGGGUAUUGAUAAGUGACUCUCACAAGCAGACACACAGUGGCAGCAGGUGGAAGCCGUUGCCGAGAAGGGGAGAGGAAGGUUUGAAACAAAGAACUGAGUGACAAGGGGUCACUGUUUGGACUCUCCCAACAGCCCACAAGGGUGGGUUUGGUUAUUGAUUCCAGCGAAUACGAAUGUGUGAUUGUCACAUAGUUUGAUCCACUGGAGUGGGUCUUUCUGGUUGGGGAAUACGUUUGUGAAUACCACUUCUGUUUCACCCUUGCCUGGGCGUGGUAGCCCACUGGAAGACGGUACCCCUGUGGCAAAUCACUGCUGGAGUUACUUCAUAUGUCGCGGAACUGGACAAGUGGCUUUCACGUUGUGUGACUGGGGCAACCCUGUGGAAUCUACCUGUGUGUGUUACCUUUGCCUGCGUGGUAGUUCCCUCUGAACACGCUACCCCUGUGAUAAGCUAUCUUUUGGUGAUAAUCCAUACGUGGAUUCUGGUUGAGUGUCCUGCGGUCACCACUUUGGGAUGACCUGUAGCUGAAUUCGGGCGUGGUAUUGUGGUAACCACUUGUGUCAAAAGGAUAUUCCGUGAAGAUCACUGUAGGAGAUACUUCGUGUGUGGAUCUGGGAACGACGGAGAUAAAACCUGCAGCUAUUUUUAUCCUGUUUAUCAUCGAGGAAAACAAUGUAAUUGCCUUCUCUCGACAUUCACCUUUGGGGAUUACAAAGGUAGGGCUCUCAGUACCAUUGACCUCUGUUUCGGGACUGCCACAGGUGAAGUUUCGCCGAAGCCUUACUUGAAAUAUGUGUCUGAUGUGAAGAAGGAGCUGCAAAGGGCUUAUGAGUUGGCUGGGGAGGCAGCUGCCAAGCAGAACCGGGGGAAAUAAGAAGAGGUGUGACCAGAAAGUGAAGUUCUCCCAACUCCUGCCGGCAGACCGAGUCCUCGUAAGGAAUUUGGGAUUACUUGGGAAGCACAGAUUGGCUGAUCGCUGGUCGGGCACACCCUAUCUGGUGGAGAGUCAGUUACCCAACUUACCAGUUUCCAAGUGCGGCCCGAGGAUGGGAAGGGGCCGGUCAAGAUUCUCCAUCGGAAUUAUCUGUCGCCUCUGGGGUGAGAUGUACAGGUGGAGCGGGAGCCCGGGAUGCCGGCUGCACCCAGUACCGGGACUCUGCGUCCACGUGGGAUGGAGGAAGAGCCCACACCGGGAGAAACGGGCCUGGUCCCAGCUCCUGUGAGGGACACUGACUCAGAGGAGGAUGAUGACUCGGACGACUGGUGCAUGUGGCUGUUCGCUGAGGCCCCCGUGAUGGAGGGGGAGGCUCCUGGCCCUUCCCCCACUGCGUCAGAUCAGGUAAGGGGGGCUAGUGAUGGGCUGUCAGGGGUACCACAGGGCGUUGGAGAGGAUGAUGUGGGGCCCGAGUGAGAGAUAGAGGGUUCCGAGGUGCAGAGGGGUUUGGGUGACCGCUCGCAGGAGGGUUCACCUCAUCGUUUCCAUGAGUCUCCUGUAAUGUCCAAGGUGGAGGAGUUAGAGGAGGGAGUGCGCAGGUCUCAGAGAAGUACGGACCCCACACAUAGGUCGGCCUUGAUAGCGCCCAGGGAACAAGGUGUGAUCUCCACUGUUUUGGGGAGUUAUGUCACUGCUUUCUGCACUUGGGUUGGGCUCUGUGUUUUGCAGGAAGGGUUGGCAAAUUAUCUGAGCGUCAUGAGGACAUGGCUAAAUUCUGUGGGGGGGGGUGGAGAAUGUAGGCUGUCAGUACCAUUAACUGUGGUGUUAGCUGUUGAGGCUAACAGAAUGGCUUCUCUGUAAUGUCACUUAAUGCUGUCAUGGGUUUCUGUACCUGAAAUGUUUGGGUUAGAUUAUUUAGAUUAUGAGGAUACUCAGUCCUCCUUUAUUGUCAUUUAGAAAUGAUACAAUGUUCCUCCAGAGUGAUAUCACAAAAAAAACAGGACGAACUAAAGCCUCACGUUGACAAGACCACAUAAUUAUAACAUAUAGUUACAGCAGUGUAAAGCAAUACCAUAUUUUGAUAAAGAGCAGACCAUGGGCACGGUAAAUAAAAAGUCUCAAAGUUCCUAUCGACUCCCAAUAGUCCCGAUAGCAGGCGGCAAAAGGGAAAAAUUCUCCCUGCCGUAAACCUCCAGGUGCUGACAACUGCCGAUGCAUUG